ACCAUAUCUGAAAACAAGAUGCUACUGAAAGAGCCCUCCAACCUUCCUGUAAGCGGAGUGACGCAAAGCAGAAACCUUCCUAAAAUCGGAUUAAAUCAGCUGAUUAUUGUGUCAUGUCAAGAAAAACAGCAAGUCUAUUGUCGGGUUUGUUCAGUCAGGCUGAGAACAUCCACUCACUCCACCAACUUCACUCACUGCUGGAACUAUGUGACAAUGACGUAUCCUGGAUGGACUGCAAAUUUAUCAAAGAUUGGGGACAAAUUCAAAGACAUUGUGGCCCAUUUAGCUGAGAUUGAGAAAAGCAUAGGAUCACAGAAGCCACAGAGAAUAGAGGUGAAGAAGGCGUUCUACCUAAAGCUUGCUGCUCUUUCAGAAAGAGAAGCUAUUGAGGAACUAAAAACAAUGGAGCGACGAGACUCAUCUUCUGUAGCUGGAACUCUGCAAAUGUCCCGACAGGAAGCUCAAAGCCCAUGUGAAGUUUCAAGCUCAAAUGAUGGUGAAGAUUGUAAAGCUGGUAAUCCAACUCGGGACCAUCUCCAGACAUCUGCACGUUGCAACAAAAUGGAUCCAGAUCAUGUUCCAAGCAGCGAAACUAAAGAUGCUUCUGAAACUGUUAAACAGGAUCCAUUUAUGCCAGCCAUUGAUGCUCAGUCUCAAAGUCUCAUGGGUAGUUCCAGAGUGAAAGUGGACUCCAUUUUACCUCCAGAAAGAAUACUUUCAAAGAGUCUGUCACCAUCACAAGAUGCACCACAAGCUGGUAAUUGUCGACCAAAAGUCAAAAUCUGCAAGCCCCAGACAAGAGCAGAGCCGCUUCAAAUAAAAAGGACUGGACUGAGCCACAAAGUGAGAGAAGCUCCAAUGCAUGACAGGCCACCAAGAGGACAUGAUGAAUUACCAGCACCCAUAACUUGCUUUGGGAGAAAAGCUCCAGGCUGCAGUAAUUUGAUCCUUUUCUUGCAUGCAAGACAAGUGGACAUUAAACAGGUUAUUGGUAUGGAGUUUUUGUGGGAGUGCAGAGGGAUUUGUCUGGACACUUUCUAUCUGUGUGAAAGCUGUGAGGAAACCGUCCCAAACAGUGACAUCUGUCUACAUAUGACCAGUCACAAUCACCAACUCAAAUACAUGUGGAAAAGGCACCCCGAGUUUCUGAAGAUAUUCUGGCAGGAGGAAGACUUGCCUCAAUCCUUGAAAAUCUACAUUUUGCGAGAAGUUAUCAGGAGGCUGGUAGAACGUGACCGUUUCCAAAAAAUCGACGCAAAGUGUGUAAUACUUAAACAAAAAUUGCAUCAGUUUGUCAGGAUGGCUCAAUUCAGUGAAGCUUUAAAAAUUGUGCAGAACGUCCUUAAUGAAGAAGAGAAAUCAACCGUCCAUCUGCUGUGCAGUGCUGCAUGCCAGCGGAAUGAUGAAGAAAUUACAAAAAGCACAGUUUUAGAAAAAAUGUCCAAUGUUGGAACAUCAGAUGUAAUAACAAAAAUGGACUUCAGUCCUGUGGAUUUGAACUGCUCUUCAUCAAAAACUGAUUUGGUGGGCUCUUGUGUCCUUAAUCGAAGAGCAGAUUUAGCUAAAGAUGCCAAACCUGAUCUUUUUCAAAAGCCAGUGUUAACAUCAGCUCUUGCUUUUCCUCAAAGCUCUGGUCAGAAACUACUUCCAGAAGAAACAUCUUGCACAGCUGUCAGAACAAAACUGCACGUGUCGGUCAGUGGCCCACUUAAAAAAAGAUCAGCCGUUAAAACCCUGCACAAAACCAGCAGCCCAUCGACAGACCCUCUGCCAGCUAAACGUACACUCUUCAUGCAGAAGAUGAAGAGUGAGCCCACUUCUCCAAAUUCAGUGUCUUCUCCAGUCAACCUUCCUGCAGGCCCUUCUUUACUUGGUAUCAAAGAUGAAGACUCUGGACCCAAGCAACUUAAAUCCACCGUGGAUCAGGAUUUGUUUUCAAAACCAACUUCUCAUUUGAAACGGAUCACCCCCAAGUUGAUUAAGGAUAAUAUUACAACCAUUAACUCCUGUGCAACCAGUGCUCCGGCGAUGCCUCAAACUAGUUGGGAUGCAAAAAUUGAUGACUCUGGAAGUGUGUCGUACAACUGGGACUCAAAGUGUCACCUGAUUGAAGCUCCUUGGAGGAAGAAUCCACCCACCAACUCGUUAGAAGGGACUAAGAUGGUGACAUCUGAUUUGGGGUGUAAGAAUGAACUUGUCACCAUAGGUCUCGACUCUGCUCCUAAAAUCGUCUCGUCCUUUGAAAACCCACAGAGGAGCGUUGCAGAUAAUGUGACUGAAGACGAGCCUAUUACUGCUCUAGCUCCUACUGCUGACCUCUUUAAACUACAGGAUCAGCAAUUCUUCAGCGUUCAAAACAUCUGUAGAAAUGAGAGUAGACUUCCAUUUGGUUGUGCCGCUACCAACCCUGACUCAGAACAAGUACCGGAGCCAAAAUGUGACCCAGAACCUGACAGGACUGUGAUUGGUUCAUCGCUCUUUAGCACUACUGGAGCUGACCAGCCAGACCCCAUAAAGCACAUGUUUCAGUGCAGCUACACUGAACAGGCUCACCCUGACAUUAACAAAAAGAAUCAAAUCAGCUUCCACGUUGAUCCACCACUAAGACCCGCUUGCACUGUGGCAGCUUCAGGAGACUGUGAUCCACAUGUCCAAGCUGCCUGCGGCCAAAUGGGGAAUUCAGGUUAUCCUUCUUAUCAGGCUGCUGCUGGUCAAAAACGGGCGGAUGCUUCAUUUAGAACUGAAAGCUCACAUCAACCGUUCAUCUAUUCAAGCUUGAUCUACCCACAGCAGAUGGUGAACCCCUUCAGUCUUUCUCCUUUCAGUUAUCAUUUAACAUCCCAACUACCUCCAGGGACGGGGUCUUUCAACACGCUCUAUUACCCAUGGCCGGCAAGGAUGGGAAUGUGAUCCACGAAUCUUCUCUGGACUUGUAUUCAUAGUUGUUGUUUUUUUUCCUCUGCCUUCUUGCAUUUUUGUCCUAGAAUUGUUCAAACAAUUUUACAUACGUUAUUCUUGUGAAGUGAUUCGUUUGCAAGCUGUUAUGUUUUCCAUGUUUAACGUACACAGGACUUGAGGGGGGGAAAAUGUUAAAAUAUAAAAGGUUCUUGUUUGGUUUGUUUUUAAUCAAAUUCUACAUUGCAUGGAUUUUAGCUGUGGAACUGUUUAUGAAUGUAAGUUUAGUUUUUAGUAAAAAUGUUCAGAUGUGAUAGUUAGCCCCCACAAGCAUUAUCUUGGUUUUAAAGUUUUUAUUGUUUUGUUGUUGUAACAUGGCAAUACAACUUUGCUAUCCUCUGUUGGCCUAACGAUGCUCAUUCUUUAAACGAACCAUCUAUAGUGUCUUGCAAGAUGUGACUACACAAUUAUAUAAACUAUAAAAAGAUGAAUAAAUAUACUUAGUUAUACUUGUAUACCUGGCAUGGAUAGAAAGAUAUUUGUAAUUGGUCGGUUAUUUAUUCAAUUCUUCUUGUAAAGAAAUCUUAUUGUUGGAAAACCUGUUUCAAAUUAAAAGUUCUCACAUUUGUGAAUAACUUUUUGUUGAGAAUGUAGGUUGCCCCUAUGAAAACUAACCCAAAUCCUCUCUGAUAUUGAUAAACAGCUGAUUCUACUA